CGCCCCCCCAGCUCUCCAUCCUUACACCAGCCUCAGUUUCCACUCGCCAGUGUCAGCCAGGCUCCCGGGAGGCCACAGGGUUCGGCUGAGGCACAGCAGUUCCACCUUGUUCCCAGGCCACCAGCACAUCAGGAACAUGGCUGGGAGGAAAAUAGACGAAGUGAAGGAAUUUCUGCGGAACAUAGAGCAGACAUACAAACUCUUCCAGCAGCAGCAGUUCACUUUCGUCAUGGCCUUGGAGCACACCCGAGAGAAUGCCCACGACAAGAUCAGGCCUGUUUCAAGCAUCGGGCAGGUACAGAACUACAUGGACCACCACUGUAACAACAGCACGGACAAGCGGGUCCUGCUCAUGUUCUUGGACAUCUGCACGGAGAUGAACAAGUUGUGCCAGCAGUUUGAAACCCUGCAUCCCGGCACCUCCACCACCAACUCCAUCCUUGAGAAAUGCAAAAGUCUCGUCAGCCACGGCAAUGACCUGAGCACGCUCAGGGCUAAGUACCCCCACGAUGUGGUGAACCACCUGAGCUGUGACGAGGCGAGGAACCACUACGGCGGUGUGGUGAGCCUUAUACCGGUCGUGCUGGAUUUAAUGAAAGAAUGGAUCGCCCAGACAGAAAAGCUCCCUCGUAAAGCCCUGCAGCAGCAGCAAGUGACUUAGCUUCUGUCUCUUGCUUCAAGGAAAACAGUUGAGAAUAAAAUGCUCCACUACC